AUGAGGAUGCCUCUCUGUCUUCUCAUGUGUCUGGCCGUUAUCAUCAUUGGCGUUGCGGCGGUCGAUUUUUGUCCCGAGGAUGGUAUUUUGUACCCUAUUGCAGUCGGGGAUACGGUGUAUGGUCACGUCAGCAGUCCGACCGGUGAGUCGUGCGCGCACGCGUCACUGCGCAUACUCGUGCCGCCUCCUCCGUCAAACCUUCUCCUGCUGACCGGCGGGUGGCAGUAUCUUUUUGGCGCGGUGGUCGAGGGUGCGCUCCCCGCUAAAGUGACAUUUUCAAUUAUUGCUCUCUGCGACGGUAUUGAAGUUUGCCGCGCAAAUAUUCGCUAUGAGGUUGACCCGAACGCCUCGACGAAUGUCCCUCCGACGCCCACGGAGUCUUCAAAAACCACGACCACAACGAAAUUGCCAUUGUACCCGCCGUGCGCUGCAUCUCAGGACGAAUAUCAACUGGUGAUUUUGCCUGGUAAACCGAAUAUUGCAACAUUACCUACCAGCGCUGUACAAUUGUUCUGUCCUGGUGGCCUCCAAGCAUCCAUCACCCAGCCCGCAAUUGGUUCUGCUGCCGUGCUGGGUCCAAAUUCCUUGCAGUUUGUGUAUGCUUCUCCGGAUGACGAAGUGGAAGCGAACAUCACGCUCCCCUAUGAAGUUAAGUGUGAAAGGAAUGUGAUAUGUGCAGGCGUGAUGAGAAUUUGGCUUCACGAAAAUAUUUUACGGUGCCCGAAGGAUCACCUGUUGUACGAUGUGAAACCGGGGGCACGACUAAAUGCGACCCUCGAUACUGGUGCCUCUUGUGGUGGUGCUCUGCGUGCGCGUCUUCGAACGCGGAAUGCUGCAGACAUCAAGUUUCAUGAUGGAGUAUCCUUUACAUUUAAUGCGUCCGGUAAAGAAGAAGAUGUAAUCUUUAACGCUCGCUUGUAUUGCGAUGACAUGACUCUCUGCGAUGUUACAUUUGCCCUUAUCGUCACAAAUGAACCACGGCCGAGCCCUACAGAAGCCCCACAUACAGAUUCUACUCCGGCUCCAACUGCCGCUCCUAUUGCCAUUUGUAACGAGCAGUUUAAUUUCACUGUACCGGUAGGAACAGAGUUGCGAGGCAAAUUGCACGUAGAGGUCGAUGGAUGCGGCCUUGUGACGUAUCAUCAGUCUCUUUAUUCCUCCAGAAAGAACCUUCAACUAAAUAUUAUUGGCGAUUUUGUCUACUCGGCCCCAGCGGAGGAAGCUGUUGAUAAGCUUCCAGUUGAUGUUUCAUGCGUCACUAAAUUUUGGUGUCUUACUUACAUCACAAUUACUUCUUACAUAGAUUUGACGCCGACAGAUUCUUCCACUACUCCAGCGCCAACCACUGUGCCCGUCCCGGCGUGUGCCAACGUGUAUUAUUACCAAACAGCGCCUGGUGUUGCCUUAAGCGACUCUCUUAACGGCAUGCCAGGGCAGGACCCAUGUGCAUAUGGUCGUUAUUUUUCUUUGAUUUUUCCGCCUAGCGUGGGAAAGCUGGAUUUGACUCCUAUUGGUGACUUUCUUUAUCGUCCCGAAAGAAAUGAGGGGUCAUGCCACUUUUCCUUUAGCAUGUAUUGUCUUAAUAAACUGUAUUGUCAGGGCAAUGCCUACAUUCUUGUGAGCAGUGAACGGACAUUACCUCCAAGUGGUGGUAAGAACGGGAGUUCCACUCCUGCGCCGUCGCCCCCAAGUGAGGUGAAAAAUAAACAGAUUAAAUGCCGAGGGAAAUGCAAUGAAAAAGCAUGGAAAACUUAUCCUAACCCGGCGAUAUGGGAUAAUUCACCUGGUGCUGGUUACGCACGGCGUGACGGUCACGCUGUCGAUGAGAUUCAGGUGGCUUGGAUGAACAAUUCUAUCGUUAUUACUGUGUACACAAUUAUCGGCAACCUUGGUGUGCGCUUUCCGACCUUUGAGCCUCUUAAUCGCACUGUGGGAAAGUACUUUGAGCCGAAAGAUUUUGAGGGGGUUGUACAGCCAUCGUCGCUAGGUUUUGAGCUGAGCUGCUUGGCCAAUCAAGGCUCCAUUGGCAUGGGAGAAGAUGUGUGGCGCUGGAAAACUCUUGGAAACGGGACUGGGAGUGGAUCCGUUGGGGCAUUAUACAAUAAGGGCACGUCAUGGUAUCAGAAGUUUGGUGGAAAGCACAUUGGG